CGGGGAGAGGUGUGAGACAGUGUGAUAUUGGUAUAACGAGCACAUUUGCAUGCCGUCAGCAGUCGCAGCCAGCUUUUUCCCCAGGCUCUGCCAGGUGGCCGCGCUCCGCAGGAUUCAUGGCAGAGAGAGAAGCACCCGUUCCCAAGAUGCUGGCACCCUGCCUUCUGAGAAGAGUGGUCCUUACAGUUCCUUUCGUUCUUGUGGCUGCACUACUCCUCAUGGAGCCUGUUAGAUCUGAUCAAGAAGCAGGAACAGCCAUACCAGCUGAAAGCCGCCCCUGUGUUGAUUGCCAUGCGUUUGAGUUCAUGCAGAGGGCUCUACAGGAUUUAAAGAAGACAGCAUAUAAUUUAGACACACGGACAGAAACUCUGCUUCUUCAGGUGGAAAAGAGAAAUCUGUGUGACUGUGUAGCUGCAAAUCUGCUGAACUGAAUCCAGGAGGCCAACUGUAUCACCUGUUCAGCGGUUUUUAAAAUGCAGCUGUAUAAAAUACAGCUUUAUGGGGUUCAUGUUGCAAGCACGUACACCCCACUGUACUGGGAUACUGGGGGGUUGUGUCUAAUGUAUUUGUCUGUUCUGGUUAUUUUUAUUUAUUUAUUUAUUUAUUUAUUUUUAAGUCCUCUUUUCAUAUCCAAUGGGUUGCCAGUAAGGGCUCAGUUCGGUAAAUCUGCUACUUGGCAUUAGAGCGGGAGGGGGGAAAUUUACAUGCUUUGAUUUUUAAAUCAGAGUUGGCCAAGUGUAACCCACAGGAUAAAUAUGGCCAGCGGUGCUCUAGAGACAGCAGCAGCUGGUUUUGGUCUCUAAUAUGAGCAUACCUCUGUGGCAACUUCCCCAAUUAUAUUGAGACAGGUAAUUGUGGUCUCUGUAGGUUUUGCCUGUUUAUUAAAGAUGAUGGAAGUCCUUUCUGUUUGUUGUCUGUGCUGUGGCCACGUUCAGGCAUCUUGUAGUUAUAUCAGCUGAAAGAGGCAUGUGUUACGAGGAGGUAUACGUGUGCUGUACUUGGACCAAAACAGCUUAUACCUUUGUGCUGAAUUUCUGACAUGCCAUGUAAGAGUGUUGUCUUCUUUAAUUAAAACCUUUAAUUUCUUACCCUUCUUCCCUGGACACUCCAUUCUUAACCCACCAUAUCUCUAAAUAACUCCAUCCUAGCAGAUCAAAUGGGAAGAGCAAAAAAAGGAGAAUAAGACCAUGACUUUGCAGCCUUGCUGGCAGCCUUUCCAGAAGGCCAAAACCUCUCCAGUUGAAUUUGGAAGAAGGUUCCUGCCUGUGGCCUUAACUCUUUAACUAAACCAGUGUAACUUUAAUGGGAGUGGAUGAGAGAGGUGACACAAAUACUGCUCUGCCAGGUGCUGGGCUGCCUUUAGAGGGCUUCAGCUGAUCCUGGUUAUAGCAGAAUGCUUUCUCAGAGUUUCUUGGCUUUUCUAGCAGUUGGGUCUUCCCUGUCUUGUUCUAGCUUGGCUUUGUUCCUCUGCUUUGCUCUGGACCUGCUGUGGCUCUCCUCUCAGUGCAACCUUCCAGUCUGGCACUGGCCUCUCUCUAGGCCCAGGAAUCUCCUGGUGAACGCCUGAUACUCUUCAGGUCUGCAGUCCCCUCAGAUCCAACUGAUAGCACUGCAGGAGUAAUACGUGGUGUUCCCACUACUGUGGGGUGAGGGCACGUGGUGCUGAGCAACACCGGUAUCUCAUUCCCUGUCUGGUGAAGGUGCUGAGAGUAAGGGCCUGCUUUUACCUGAGAAGCCAGCGUUCCCAUAGUGGAACCUGGAGGGAGUCCCAGAAGAGUGCACAUGGUAAAAAGCCAGCUCCCAAAGCUCAGCUCGUUGGUGGCCCACCAUGGUGCUGUAAGCUCACCAGCUUGGUUUAGGUGUGGGCAGGAACCCACACAGCUAACAUGGCACACAGUUCUCAAAAAGGGUUGGCAGGGGGGCCUGGGAAUUGCACCCAGCAACCAGAAUUGGUUCUGGGCAAGUGAACAGAAACUUUUAAUGGAUUUGAAUACGUAUGUUCGGGUUUCAUAUGACACAGUGACAAGAGCGAAGGCCAUUUUUAUAAAGCAAAAGAAAACAGCAAAACCAGGCAAACUGCUGACGAAGGCAACUAGAAUAACCCAUACUCACAAAGAACAUUCUUGAGUCUUCAAUCUGGACAAGAGAUGGCUGAAGAAGGAGAUGAUAUAAACUUACAAAAUCAUGAGUGACCAGAGAACAACUGUUUGCUGUCACCUCCCAAGCAAGAAGUGGGGCACAGUGAACUGAAACCAGCUGGUGACACAAUAAGAGCAAAUAGAAGGAUGAUGCUCUUGACCUACUGCGUGUUUAAGUUGUAGAAGUCCUCAUUGCAGAAUGUUGCUCAUCCUAAAAAUUUAAAUGCGUUUAAAAAGCAGCUGUUCAGACUCAUGCCUGAAAAUCCUAUGGCAAAAUGUUAAAUAUAAAAAUGACAACUUAGAUUCAGAAGGUUCCUGAACCACAAGUUCUUACAGGUUAACAGCACUUUAGGAAGCCCCUGUAGUUGCCCUGGUUUUAUACUUUUCCCGACAUUUAAUAAUGGUCUGUGCCAAUGAUAAGACACUGGCCUUACAAGGAUCUUUGGUGUGGUCUGGUGAGGUUGUGUAUGUGUAGAAAUGAACUGCUUCCUCAACUCAUAAAGCAAACCCCCUCCCAGUGCUCCAGAGAGCCACACGUUUUAUCCCUUCAACACAAACACCUCCAGAAAGCCUCAAAUUCUGGGUUUCCCCAUUGUCCAAGGACAGGCACCAUUAAGUAGGCCAGUGGCCCUGCUUCUGUAGCCUGGUACACUGCAGAGACUGCUCCAAAGCCAGGAGUCUUUCGCUCCUUUAUGAAGUGAAAGAAAUGGAACUUCACAUUUGCCUGCUUCCAGGAAUAAGCUAUAUAAUUAUGCAAAUAUUAAGGUCUCUUUUUGUACUGUACAAACCCAUUCCUAUCUAGCAUUCAUUCCCUGCCCUAUGGCCUUACAAUGAAAAAUGGAAGUUUGGGGUUGGAAACAAUUAGUACAAACAGGCUGACCUCUUCCCAUCAUACUUAAAACUCACUAUUGCCACUCAGUAUCCUAUAAGAAGUUAUUUGAUUUUAUUUUUUUUUACUCAAAAUCCAACAAUCUCCAUUAAAUCCAAACUGUUUUAUAUGUAUUUGAUAAGGCCAUCAGAACACGCAUGCAUCCUUCUCACUGUACAUCUUGUCCCAUUUCAUUCCCUGUACUGCAUUAUGUGGUUUGUCUCUUGCUUUGUGACUGCACUGAAAGCUGUUUGGGACAAAGAAGUUGUUAAUAGCACUGGAUGGUGGCCACCACACCUUCAGGUGUUGUGAACUUAUUAAAUAAAAAUCAAAAUGUAAAAUA